AUGGUCUACUGCGGUAAGCCAUCCCGGGGCUGCCAAAUGUGUAGGGCCCGAAGAAUUAAGUGCGAUGAGACGAAGCCAACUUGUAACCAAUGCGCCAAAUCAAGAAGACAAUGUCCUGGCUACAAGGACGAAUUUGAUCUAGUCUUCCGCAAUGAAACACAGGCAACCGAAAGGAGAGCUCGCAAAGCUAGCAAGAAAGCAUCUGCUCAAAAACAGGACAAGCUAGGCUCACAGACAAACUCCAAGGUCGUCGCUCUCCGCAAGCCGACUCCCGACCAGUCUAUUCUAUCAACACUCCAGCUUCCAGUGGACCAGCAGGCUACCUGUCACUUCUUGUCAAACUUUGUUCUUCUGCCGUCCCACGACAACACACGUGGGUGGAUGGAAUUUGUUGUUCCUCUCCUCAAGAGUGAACAGCCAGCUCCUCAUUUCAAAUUGGCUUUCGAUGCUUGCGCGAUGGCUUCUCUUGGCAACCGCGUUGGCCCUGGAUGCAAUUUUGAGGGCAAGGCUUUGGGAAGCUACACGAAGGCCCUUUCUGCGACGUUCAUCGCCUUAAAAGACCCGGUCCUAUCCAAGGAAGACUCUACGUUGGCAGCUGUGCUCCUCCUAGGACUAUUCGAAAAUAUCACCGCAAAGCAGCUUGGAAUGCUCGCCUGGGGCUCUCACAUCGAAGGAGCCAUCCAACUGGUCAAGGCCAGGGAGAAGAAGCAGAUUCGAACAAGAACAGGUCUUGCUCUUUUUGUUGCUACACGAACUCAAAUGAUCAUUCACACAUUAACCACAGGCACACCCCCAGUUAUGGGCGUAGAAUGGUGGAUCACAGAUAGUGUCAAGAACCAUUUCGGAGCCGAGUGUCAGCGGCUUAACAUUCGAACAGCAGAACUCAGAGCUGAGUCCAACCGGUUGAUGACCACCUUGAGCCGGAGCCCGGAGAACAUCGAAUUAUUGCUCGACAUAAUUCGCCGGUGCCAAACCCUUGACCAGCAGCACGUCACCUGGGCCAACGGGCUACCCGAGUAUUUCCAGUACAAGUCUGUAGCUUGGGAGGACAAUGUGCCCAACGGCAACUACGCAUUGGCGGAAGUUUUCCCUGGUCGUAUUGAUGCAUAUCAAGAUCUUUGGGUCGUUAGCGUUUGGAACUUGAUGCGUUGCUCUCGCAUCAUUCUAGCAUCGCUGAUUGUUCGCUGUGCCGCUUGGGUUUGCGCACCUGUCGAUUACCGGACAACUCCCGAGUAUGCCACAGCCGCAAGGACGUGUGUUGACACUAUUACGGAUAUUAUUUCAUCGGUUCCAUACCAACUGGGCUGGUUUUCCAACCGAAGAGAUCUUCUUGAGCGAGCCAACCUCUCCGCAUUCGGAUGUGGCGAGGAGGACGCACUCAAAGGUCUACCAGGAUAUUUCCUUACUUGGCCUUUGACAUGUGUUCAGGGUCAAGACUACACAACUGAUGCACAGAGAGCAUGGGUCAAGGGUCGACUUCAAUUCAUUGGCAACCAUCUUGGUGUAAGAUAUGCCAAUGUCCUCCAUCAGCUUAAUAUUCGUGUUCCGUCUAUGCUUAUCCGCAGGGAUGGUUUGAUGGCCAGUCCUUACCCUGGGUCAUACAACUUUGAGAAGCUGCUGUCUUCCAAAACGGCACCAGCCAUGGCAGGAUAUUCAUUGAAUCCGAUUCAGCAACAUGAAGCUAUGCAAAAGGAGCGAAUCGACCGGCAGAAAACCGAGCUGCUGAGCAAAGCUGGAGGGACGCUGAACCCCAACGAGAUGGUGGCCAGCAGGAUGCUGCAGCUCCAGAAGUAA